AGAAACUCGGCAGGAAUGAAACUCUACUGUCAUUCUAUAACUAUUUAUAUCCUAGUCAUAUAUAAACAUAACUCUACAACUAAUCGCAAAAAUAACCGAACCAAAGACUUACAAGAACAAAGAAGACAACAAAAUGGUUUGGGGUCUUACACAAAGAAACCGUCUAGCAAUAGAAAAAGCAACUCUGGAGCAAUAUUUUCGACUCGGCGUGACAUGGAUUGACCCUCGACACGAAACGAAAGUGGAGGUAUUGUUAAAAAGCAACUCGGAUAAAGAAUAUAAACUUCGUAUUUACAUUCCAGCUGACUUUCCUAACUCGUGUCCUGCCCUCGUUGUUGUUCAACCAAAGAUCCUUCUUCUCAAGAACGGUUCUCGACUUCCCGAAGGCAGCUCUCCUUUCCAUACAUUGCCAGAUACAGACGGCUUUCAUCGCAUUUGUCACUUUCAUCCGAAUGUCUGGGAGCAAGAUACCACAUUAUAUAAAAUCUUCAUGAAAGGUUUUGAGUACUUCCUAUUACUGAUUUGAUUUUUGUAUUCCUGGGUUUCGGCGUUAUAUAUGUUACAUGUAGCAGUCACUAGCAGACAGUGCAGUCAACUACAGAAUUGUUGACACUUUUAAAAAUAUUGAACUUCAUCUUUCUAUUUAUAUUUGCCCACCAAGUAGAAGACUACUACACAUUAUAAAAAUAUUAACAUUAUUUUCUCAUUCUGACUAUCCACUGCUACACGAGAGAGCUUAGUGAAAUCCAUCUAUUCCAUGCAUAGUCCAUACUAUCUUAUGUAUACUGUAUAUAAUAUACUGAUUUAUAUACGGUACGUAACUGAAAUCUGAUUGUGCAUAGUUACACAUUCCCUGGACCUAAUACACCCUUGACUGGAGUGUUGAAACGUCGGGUCGUGAAUGUAAUUUGUUCUGGGAUUGUGUUAAUCUGUUCAAAAUGUUUUGUUGAUUUUUCGCUUUACUUAAACAAGAAGAGCGAGGGAAUGUCUGAAAGUUGUUUUCGUUGUUGUUUUUAAGGUCGCCUGUGGAUCGAGGGUUAUGAAGCACAUCUGAGAACGGGAAAGAAUAUGAACGAAUUUCUUGGGGAACAAAAAUUUAGCGUACCGCAUUAAAAUGCCAAGAAUAAGCAGUGAGAGGUGUUCAAUACAACAACCCAACAGCGACAAACAGUCGGUGAUAGUCUAUUGCCAGUCAUAGAUCGUUGCUAUGAUUUACCAGACGAGGAGGUUCUGGAUUGAAUUCUUGGCGAACCCACAAAAUUCCAAGACAGCCAAAGACGCAAACAACACUUGCAACAAGAAUGAAACAAGAAACAACGUAAUCCAGUUUCACUCCGGAGUUUUAUCACUUCCCGUCCCACCGCUGCAAUAGAGUCAACUCAACCCUGACAGAGACUUACCCCCUUCAGUCCUCCCUCCACGCCUACCCAGCUUGGUAUAAUAUGUAAAUAUAAUCAUGUAGGUUUUGUUUAAUCCCAGAAACUCUAAGUGGAUUUUUAGUGUUAAACUCAAACCUUGUUAAAUAAAGUUAUUUAUUCAUAA